GCUCCUUUCACGCGCAGAUCCGAGUCUUUUUUUUCUCUCUCUGGAAAUGUCAAGCUAAGUAUCACGAGGUAAUCACAACCAGCGGAGUCAACAGUACGGGGACAUUUCAGGAUAAAGAAUUUUUUCUUUCAUGAUCGAUGACAACGCCUCUGCGCAAAGCAUGUCACGCCUGCAGAAAAGCCAAACGGCCUUGUCGUGCUGAACUUCCGAAAUGUCCGAGAUGUCUAGAGAAAGGCAUCGACUGCAAAUAUGACCUCGAGCCAGUCACCAAUACAAGUACGAGUGCGAGCACCGAGAGACCUCACGGGCCCGCCGACGCCUCUCGACCCCAAGUAGUCCGGGAGCCUUUUCCCGCCGUCGUGUACGACUCGAUACAAGCAGCACACGCCGAUGCCGUCAAGAACUAUACCCCUAACGGCCUGGAUCCGAAUUACAAAUUCCCAGCCUGCUCAACUCCGGAGACGUUCGCAUUGGCCUUUGCCCAGCUCAACGAGAUACCACUGGCGACGUUUCAACACCGUACCACUCCUUUUUGCCAUGCUCAGAUAUCACGUCUGGCCUGGGCAAACUCCAAGGAUGGUGCUGCCCAAGAGAGAGAAGUCAGUGCAGAAUUGCUGUGGACAGUCAUGGAAGCCAAGCAGAACAGAUUACUGUCCCUCGACCUCUCACAACAGACGUCCUUCUCGCAAUUCCUAGAUGCCUUUCACCAACUCAUGGCGAUACUGUUGGCCUCGACAUUGAGCAAGGCUCGAGGAGGCGACGAGAUUUCCGGUCUUGCACAGUUGCGCUUCCUCUUCCACAAAUGGACGCAACAUUUUCACUCCCACCUCCCACGAACCCUCCAGGGUCACCUGUCACCGUGGCAAGCCUGGACGCUUGCCGAAACGACACGCCGGACCAUCAUUUUUGUGAUCAUGGUCGAAGUCCUCUUGGAGAUGGUGGACCGUGGUUACUUUUACUACCGGCCCAUGGUCGAGUCUCUCCCGUUUGACGCAAGAACAGGCGUGUGGGAGGCCAACACGGAAGAAGAGUGGCAAGCUGUCAUUUCUGAGCACUGGGAAGGUGUCGAUUGCAGUCUCGUAUCGUGGCACGAAUUCAUCGAGCGUGGAGGACCAGAACCUCGCAAGGAACAAGACGGGAUGCUUCAAAGAUUGCUUCUGGUUGCAUAUUUUAGCAAAGAUGCCGCCAUGAUUCAGAAAGGAGAAGCCGCGAAAUAAAGACUGGAUCCUGACAACUCCGUACUGUAAGUAGUGAACCUGUUGGCCCUUUGAUACGAGUACGACACUCGGAGCACAGACUCUCUCCGCUGGGGGGCGGACAAUCAAACAUCUCAUGUAUAUCAAUAGAAUACCUGUUCUAUCUAA